CCCUCUCCGUCGGAUACCUCCAAUCCAAACAAAGGCUAAAAGCCCUCCGUUUCCUGCUCUCCUUCUCUUUCUCUUUCUCCCUUUCUUCCUUCUCUUGUUCUUCCCUCUACCCUACUCACAGUCACCUCUCUUCCUCCCUCUCUCUGUUCUUAUCCACUACUCAACGAUGGCAAAAAAAAACCAGUUUUUCACAAGAAGGGGAAUGAAAAAACAAAAGAGAAUGUGGUCGUUUAUCAACGCUGUCACAUUUGUGGAGAGUAUAUCAUUCCACUCACUGAAAUGUGAAAAGGAAAAAAGGGCUCUGACUAGAGAGGAAAAAGAGAGAAUGAAGAAACAACAGGAAGAGAAAGAAAUGAAACGCGAGGUAGAAAAUAAGAAGAAGAACGCCAAAAAGAAGAAGGCAGAGACUGAGAGGAAAGCGGAGAAGUCCAAGAAGAAGGUUGAAGUCAGACCAAGAAGAACGAGAAUAAAGCUGCAAGAUCCAAAAACAAUAGAGAAAGAAAGUAAUAUUUUCUUGUGGAUAAGAAAAAAGAUACUAAAAACAGCACAAGGUAGGUUGAAACUGCUGUUUGGUAGUGGUUCAUGUUAAAUAUGUGAAUAAAUAACAUGGAGUUGGACAGGGAGGAACGUUUUGUGUGUCAUUUACUUUUCUUUUUUCUUUUUAUCGUUAAUGUUUUGUCUUCCAAAUAGGGAUAAUGAAUGGAAAAUAAAUUCCAAUCUAAAAU